GCCCGCGCGGUCGCCGGCUAGUUCCGGACAACGCCUGGUUGUGUGGUAACGGCGGCGGCGGCGGCGGCUGGCGAGAGGAGGAGGAGGAGGGCGCUUCCUUUCCGGCUGGGUAGUUUUUUUAAGUGCUCUAAGCAUUCUGAUACAACUAGAAGAAAGAAGAAACGCUUCAUUGAAUGAGAAGUCCAUUGCUUUGAUAGCCAUUUUCUUCAAGAGUGGGUCUUUGAAUGAGGAUGACAAUGGAAGAGAUGAAGAAUGAAGCAGAGACCACUUCUAUGGUUUCCAUGCCUCUCUAUGCUGUUAUGUAUCCUGUCUUUAAUGAGCUAGAACGAGUAAAUUUAUCUGCAGCUCAGACACUGAGAGCAGCUUUUAUUAAGGCUGAGAAGGAAAAUCCAGGUCUCACACAAGAUAUCAUCAUAAAAAUUUUGGAGAAAAAAAGUGUUGAAGUUAACUUUACUGAGUCUCUCCUGCGCAUGGCAGCUGACGAUGUAGAAGAGUAUAUGAUUGAAAGGCCAGAGCCAGAAUUCCAAGACUUAAAUGAAAAGGCACGAGCACUUAAACAGAUUCUCAGUAAGAUUCCAGAUGAAAUCAAUGACAGAGUGAGGUUUCUUCAGACAAUCAAGGACAUCGCCAGUGCAAUAAAGGAACUUCUUGACACAGUAAAUAAUGUCUUCAAGAAAUAUCAAUACCAGAACCGGAGGGCACUUGAGCACCAAAAGAAAGAGUUUGUAAAAUACUCUAAAAGUUUCAGUGACACUUUGAAAACCUAUUUUAAAGAUGGAAAGGCAAUAAAUGUGUUCAUAAGUGCCAACCGACUAAUUCAUCAAACCAACUUGAUACUCCAGACCUUCAAAACUGUGGCCUGAAAAAAAAACUGUAUAUGUUGAGAGCUGUACUUUUCAAUGGUGGAUAGGAUACCUUUAUAUGUAAACUUUAAAGUUUUGACUGUAUAAAUUAUCAGUCCCAGUUGAAGGGACCUAUUGCAGGAUUUUGAAUGGGAUUUAUUGCCAUCUUACACCAUAUUUUUGUAAAAACAUUGUAGCUUAAUCAUAAUCUCACGAUGAAGAUUUUGCAUCACUUUUUUGCUAUUAUCAUUCUUUUCAGAAUUAUAAGCCAAAAGAAUUUACGCCUUAAUGUGUCAUUAUGUAACAUUCCUUAUAAGAAUUGUAAAUAUUUGGUGUUCUGUUUCUGACAUUUUAACUUGAAAGCAAAAAAACAAACAAAAAAACUGCAAGAUGAUGUAUUUAACGAUAUUGGUGGCAAAUAUUCAAUAAAUAGUUUACAUCUGUUA